AGCUGCUGUCAAUGUGUUGCUAAGCUGGACACGCGCUCGCCUCGGCCAGACGCCUGUUCGGCUCGACCCCGGCUGAACGUCCAACCUGCGCCGCCGCCGCCGCCUCGCCUCGUUGAUCUCGGUUCUUCUUCGCUGCGGGCGAGCAGCGGUUCCAUCCCUUGCGCGCAGAGAUGGCUUCGGUAACAGAUGCCAGAUAUGGACCCAAGGAUGUUUCAGACCAGAACUUUGAUUAUAUGUUCAAGCUCCUGAUUAUUGGCAACAGUAGUGUGGGCAAGACUUCCUUCCUCUUCAGAUAUGCUGAUGACACUUUCACACCUGCCUUUGUCAGUACAGUGGGAAUUGACUUCAAAGUGAAGACUGUUUACAGGAAUGACAAGAGGGUAAAACUGCAGAUUUGGGAUACAGCUGGACAAGAAAGGUACAGGACCAUCACGACCGCUUAUUACAGAGGAGCAAUGGGUUUCAUCCUGAUGUAUGAUGUUACUUGUGAAGAGUCCUUCAAUGCUAUACAAGACUGGGCCACUCAAAUAAAGACGUAUUCCUGGGAUAAUGCACAAGUUAUUCUGGUUGGGAAUAAGUGUGAUAUGGAGGAUGAAAGAAUUAUUCCUAUUGAAAAAGGAAAACAUUUGGCUGAUCAGUUGGGUUUUGAUUACUUUGAAGCCAGUGCCAAGGAGAAUAUCAACGUGAGACAGGUUUUUGAGCGUCUUGUGGACAUCAUUUGUGAGAAGAUGUCAGAGAGCAUGGAAUCAGAAGCUUCAAAGGCUACUGCUGGGAAGAAUGUGCGGCUCACCUAUCAGCCACCCCCACUACAGCAGAAGUGCUCCUGUUAGUGCCUAAAAAAUCAGUAGGAAUUUUUUCUCUGAUGCAGGAAUGUUUUCUCAUCACUUACUGUCUUUAGAAAGGGAUGUGUCUGUGCUGGUGGAGCUACUGUAAGUACAUUUGUUCAGUGUCCACAAAAAUCCUGUAACAUAUUCUGCGCCAUGAAUAAAAUAAAAAGUGGCUGUCAGUGCUAGCAUUUCAUUGAGAACUUAUCUUAAGAUUUAAUAUUUUAUAGUGUUAACCAUUCUGAAUUAUGUUUGGUGUUUCUAAUAAUUUUAUUAAAAAUUGAGCCAGAUAACAUGAAUUCAAAACACUUCUGGAUCUGUUCAUUAGAAGCCACUGCUAAGAUUGAAGUACGGUUAAAUAAAUAGUAGCAUUUAGCUGUAAUGAAGAUAUACUUUGACUGAAUGUUGAUAAAAGACAGAAGCAAGUAACAGAAUUAUGAGCACGUGCAGUAAUAAUUUUAAGAUGCUGAAUUGCUCCAUUUCUUUCAUUUCAUUUUAUUUUUUUGGCAGUCUUUCCAACCCUAUUCCACCACUCAGUCCCCAAAUACUUCUGAUUAUUUGAUAAUAAAUCUCACUGAACUCAGUGUUAAUUAUUAAGAGAUGUAAGGAGUCUUGCUAUAAAUAAGGUUCAAUGUUCUCUUCACCAUUAUCAGAAGAAAACUGUGUUUAAUGAAGCUUACUCUGGUAACCUAAAUAAAAUUAUACAUAACAUUUGCAUAAACAUAUACAGUAUUAAUUUCAUUUCAGCCAUUGUAUGGAGAGUAAGUAUAAAAAAUUCAGUAACUGUGAUUCUUUUUUUCUCAAUUUGGUAUUAUUACAAAAAGUUUUAUUUUCUUGUAUAUUUAUGAUAUAUUACAAGAUACUGACUUAAAGUGCUUGUAGUGUAUUUGUUCUUCUUGAUAGGUUUUUGACAAAAUAAAACAUUAUUUGGU